AUGACUUCAGAAGACAGUAGGGGUAUCAACCUCGUCGACAACACCGAACCUUCUCAACAGCCGGAUCAGGACGCCACUCGAACUGCGUCGGUCUCGGCGUCUUCGUCACUCACGAAACGGCUUACCAAGGAUUCAAUCAGAAGCAAGCUAACUAGGAGGAAGUAUAGCAAAUGGCAGCCAGACAGGCUCGGAAUCUCUCAAGAAAAUGCCCCUGCUCUGGGUGCAUCUCAUUCCUCCUCCGCAUCUCCAAGCCAUCAUAAGUCCCAGGAAAGGUCUGAUGAACCGCUCGAUCGGCAAGCCACAAACAAUGAGACCUUGAAUAUCGUUCCGGCACAGACCGAAGACGAGGAAGAUGUCGGCGACUCAGUUGUGUCCGAGCUGGAUGUCCUCUACGAGAACCAGCGGGGCUGGUUCUUCUUUGGUAUCCCAUUCUAUUCAAACCGUUCUCUCCUACAAUUCGACCCCCCUGCCUGGGUUAACCGUGACUUCAAAGACAGCCCAGUUGACGUCACGAACGCUCAGGUUCCGGACCCAAGCUGGGAAUGGGAGUGGCGGUCGUGGUAUGUUGAUAUGUCUGGCGACGUUGACGAGGAGGGCUGGCAGUACUCGUUCUCCUUUGCCUCCAAGUUCGGCUGGCAUGGGACGCAUCCGUGGUUUCACUCGUAUGUACGCAGAAGGCGAUGGGUUCGACUUAGGACCAAGAAGCACCACACCGGAAGACGAGCCGGGACUGAACAGACAGGACUGGAACUAGCGCACAGAAUGAACGAGGAUUACUUCACCAUUCAUUCCCAGAAACUUCUCAGUGGAGAAUCCAGUAUUGCUGUUCCAGCUGGUCAACCGUCAUCCUACACGGGCCGCAUGAGUGCCGCAUCGCCUGAGGAAGCGUUCGUGGAGGACAUUGAAGACAUACCGACGCUAAUGCAGGCCUUGAAACUGGCCAUCGUGGACCGCGAGAGAAUAGAAGCGUUGAAGAAAUUCAUCGCUCAGGGAGGGGAAGAGCUUCACUACCUUGAAGAAAACAUACCCGAGAUCCUAUCAUUGUUUAUCUUCCAAACAUCUCGUUGGCAGUUCCUCAAGUGUCUGCAAGAUGCAGUGGACGAAGCCUCCCGGCAGGAAAGCGAGACUUCUCGGGAAAACUCAAAGGAAGUGGAGGAAAAGAAAAGAAGGCGUGACAACCUGACCAGGGUGGCAAAGGCUGUCCGCCGUCAGAUCUCGGGCUACGAGGUUUUCGAUGUGACGAAAGAAGGACAGCUUGGUUCGAAUCACGCGGCACCAAAGCAGAAACCGGUCCAUAACCGAUUUGGCGAGAUCAAAGGCAUCCCCAAAGCAGCCGGAGUUGGGCAGGAUGGUCAUAUUUACUAG